UGAAGUCCAGCAGUCAUCAUGGUAUAUCAACGUCUUGUCUCCGGCAGUCAUCUAAUGCAAGGACGAAAUCCUUACCGUUGGUUCAAAGCUUCGUUGGACCAACCGCAGGCCAGGCGGUGCCGCGACGAUGGGUUCGACGUUCAAUGUCCUGCUCGUUGCCAAGCGCAGCCAAUCAGAGGGGCCGUCUACGCGCGGCACCCGCAACCAACGCCCAACGCCAACACCAAGCCGCAGAAGACGAGACAGCAAACAGGAGAGCGGACAGGCUCCUGAACCAUUGUGUCGGUACCAUCUGGGUCAUAUGAGUGGACGAGCGAGAGAAAAGAGAGGGCUUGCCUGCCUCGCCCCGUUGGGCUAUUUCGAUAGAAGUCCGAGCGAUGAGGCUGCACUUCCGGCGCUUGUUUAUACAAGGUCCGCGCAGCUUGGUGCCUGUUGCCACUAUGAAGGUCCAAGGGUUCGAGUGGCCUUGGACGAGGCAGGAGAGGCAAUCGCAAACCCGAGAGAAUGGUACGGCGGCUAUUCUCGCUGGGAAAACCCGCCUGUUCGGUUUGGAGGUAGCGAAAAGGCCGCGGAGAGGGGCCGAGGGGGAACGAUCAGACACAGCGGGCGAAGCGAGGCACAUUCAACGACGUGGCAGGCUUUCCAGCGACGCCAAGGGAGAGAAAUAUCGGAUGGACCGACGAAGGGGCAAAGGAAGUCGGGGGUGUUCCGGCGCAACUUGCAGUGAUAUGGACUGGAUAAGAUGGCAGCGUAGUCUCGCCAUGGACCCAUGGCGUGGACCGCGAUCUUCUUCGCGCGAGGCGCUUCGGCCGCCUGAGUUGCUUGUGCUUGCUUGCUUGACGAUGUGGGAUAGAUUGGAACGUGUCCUUCCCUUGGCGAUGCGCAGGCGGAUAGUUCAGGCUCUUUGCCAGAGCCGGUGCUGGACAUGAUAAUUGUGUCCUGUGACCGAUCCAGUCAGUAUA